GCCGUGGGAGCGAGCGAGUGUUCAACUUCCGCUUCCGGUUGCGCUUUGGACCGAGGACUGGCUAUACGCUGCGAAAUGGAGGAUCAUGAAACCAAGGAGCCAGAGCAGCUCAGAAAAUUGUUCAUUGGGGGUCUCAGUUUUGAAACUACAGAUGAGAGCCUGAGGGCUCACUUCCAGCAAUGGGGAAGGCUCACUGAUUGUGUGGUGAUGCGAGACCCAGCAAACAAGCGUUCCCGCGGAUUUGGCUUCGUGACGUACUCAUGCGUGGAGGAGGUGGAUGCCGCCAUGUCAGCUCGUCCCCACAAAGUGGACGGGCGCGUCGUGGAACCCAAGAGGGCCGUAUCCAGAGAGGAUUCAGCUAAGCCAGGUGCUCACCUGACAGUGAAGAAGAUCUUUGUGGGCGGGAUUAAGGAAGACACAGAGGAGAACCACCUCAGAGAGUACUUUCAGACUUACGGGAAGAUCGAGAGCAUCGAAGUGAUGGAGGAACGCCAGACUGGCAAGAAGCGAGGGUUUUGUUUUAUCACCUUUGAUGACCACGACACAGUGGAUAAAAUUGUUGCUCAGAAAUAUCACACGAUAAACUCCCAUAACUGCGAAGUGAGGAAGGCCCUCUCAAAACAGGAAAUGCAGGCCGCGUCCAGUCAGAGAAAUAGAGGUGGUGGGUCAGGAAACUACAUGGGCAGAGGAGGAAAUUUUGGUGGUGGCAGCUUUGGCCGAGGUGGUAAUUUCUCAGGAGGGUACAGUGGAGGCAGAGGAGGCUAUGGAUAUGGGGGUGGAUAUAAUGGUUUUGAAGGUGGGGGAAAUUAUGGCGGGGGACCAGGCUAUGGGGGAGGGCGCGGGGGAUACGGAGGUAGUGGUCCUGGGUACGGAAACCAGGGAGGAUACGAUAACUACAACGACGGAGGGAACUUCAGUAGAGGUGGAAACUACAAUGACUUUGGGAAUUAUGGUGGGCAGCAGUCUAACUACGGCCCAAUGAGGGGAAGUGGCUUUGGGGGAAGGAAUUCAGGUGGGCCUUACAGCGGUGGUUAUGGUUCCGGGAGCGGCAGCGGAGGCGGUUACGGUCCGCGGCGAUACUGAGUCCUGCGGAGGCGGCUACGGUUCUUAGCAGGAGAGGAGAUGAGCAGAGGAGUGGUCAGGAAAGCUGCAGGGUACUGUGAGGCAGUCGUCCAGGAGCGUUAGAGGAACACACACAAGGAUCCCUAGUCAGAAACGUUACCGCAGCUUAAACAGCACUGAUAAGGACUGCAUCCGCUAGCUACUGUGCGCAAGAGUGUAGCUAUCGAUUGGAAAGAAGGUGUCUGUUAGAUGUACAUUCCUGGGGUCUUAUUUUGAUGCUUAAUUUUGUUCUUGUUUUUUUCCUUUUUGUUUUGGCCUGCUAUCUUAUUUCCCCUUCUGCAUCUCUCGGACAUAGUUAUGUGUAUGUGGUAGUAAUAUCAGGAAUAAAAACAAGGAAGAUUUUUUUAUCAAUGAACAUGUGUAGUCAGUUUCUGAAUGUAGUCUCGUUCUUUUUAAGCUUUCUGUGUUAGAGGCUCUUUCAGAUUUGUUUUUAAAAAAGUUCAGUAAAAGCACGAAACAGAGGGCCACAUAGUGAGCUCUAAGUUUUUGUUUUUUAUUUUAAAUUAUUUAGUAACUGUUUUGAGUAUAGUGUAAAUCUUAUUUGUAUUAUGUGUACUCACGUUUUGAUAACACUCAGUUGUCCACAGAAGCAGUCUACAAUAUCUCAGACUAUAUGUAUGGGCAAACAAAUCAUGUACGAAUAUAACGCUAGAUUGCUAUUCUGAGAUGUGAAAAUUAGAUGUAAUAAAGGAUUCUAGAAAAUGGAAACUAAUGGAAGCCUUCAUUCAGGAGAAGUUAAGUUGUUAUUUUGUCACGUUUUCUUCUGGAAUCUUUUGCCAAGUUUAGCUGUGUCACUGGAAUACAUAUUUUUAUUUUUGUUUCUCUCGGCGUGACGAGAGCUCUUGUUAGGCCUAGGGAGUACAUCAUGAACCUGCCCGAGCUGGCAUUCCACGUGUAGGACUGUUAAAACCCCACGAAACUGCAGUUUGACUUCAGUUGGCCAGUACGGAUGAACGUUUUUGACCAUAAGACAGGACCUCAUCGUUCCCCAGCGCAGACGACCAGGCAGCUCAUUGCUUUGGGACAAAAUUAAACGGAGGCAGCAUCUUGAGCCACACCCCAGGAGGAAGUCGCAGAGUUCGCUGGUAGUGAGCAUCCAGUGGCUAAUUUUUGUCCUCCAAGAGAGCAGAUGCUAGCGAAGAGAGGCUAGCCGGAUGUUCCCGGAUUUUUGUGGUCUUGUUGGCUCAGAGAUAUGGCAGUUUGACAGAACCUUUUCGUGCUAGGUCCAGUUUCAGACCUGAAAGUGGAAGGGGAAUGAGUACAAGGCAUGGACAUUUAAUACUGUGUGAUAAAUCAAAGCAGAAGAUGGAAGAGUGACUUAGAACCAGGUAAGAGUAACCACUUUGCUUGAUUUACAGAUUCGAAAAGACGCUGUCACCUUAACGGCUGAAAAUCUAGUAUGACACGUACACUUGGAAGGUUCUGGAUGGGUAAGGCUAAGUAUUUUUCUCCCCGGUAUGUAUAUAACGUACUCAUUGUAAGGAUUAGGAUUUACUGAACUUUUUGUACUGGGCUUAUGACGUCUAUAGGUUUCUAUGCGUACUUAAUGAACAUGUGGGACACAUCUUACGGGGGAUGGGGGGUGUUGUUAAGGCAUUAAUCCACUGGGAAUUUGUAGGAUAUUUUGUGUGUUGCUAUGACAGCUCUUAUUUGUUUCACUUAUGUUACACUAGAAAGUUUUCUUAAUGCCUUCAACUGACCCUGUCUGUCUCAGCUGGACUUUCUGUAGUUUGGUUUCUAUUACACUUAGUCACAUUCUGGAGGUUUUCCCAGCCUCCUCUCCCCCCCCCCGAACUCAGAAAUCAUAAGUCCCAAUUACUCUCGCGACGCUCCUUCCACGAGCUGACGGAAAGGUAAGGUAAAAUCGGCUGCGUGUAUCUCCGCUCUCUCCUGAAGCAUUUCCAUUUCUUUUGCACUUUAUCUUUGAUAUCUAGUAUGUCCCUUCACACGCAGAACUGACCUCGGGCCUGGGAUUUGGAUAAUUUUAUACAGCAGGUUAAAAAUGGAACUAGCACUUACGACCAAGCAUCUGGAUAAUGAUAUAUGAGCGGCUUGACACGUACUCAACACGUAUUUUAAAAUGGUCAUCCUAGGUUUUAUGUGGCGAGGGUCUGGGAAGUUAUUAUUCAGUUCAGUUUAUUUUUAUAUAGCGCUUUUCACCACAGAUUUGCCCCAAGGCACUCAACAUGGGUGUUAUACCCAUUGAUGUGAAAUGUUCCAUCUUCAGCCUGUCGUCAGCAUCCCAGUGAUGUCAUAGGUUCUCUGAGAUGUUUACAUGUUUGGAUAGUGACGAAGACAGUCUGUAUCCCACAUUGAAGGGCUCCAGUGGUGCUAACUUUGUCACAAUGUUAGCAUGUUACGCGCACUUUCUUGUUACAUUGUCCUUUCAAAAUGUAUAUGUAAAUUGUUUUCAAUUCUACCUAGAGAUAAAAUUGCACUUUGUCAGUCUUCUUAAGAAUGCUUACAAUGGCAGCUUCAUGUUUGUCUUCAAUAAAAACAUUUCUCCCAGUAA